GGGGGCACAGAACAGGGAGUGCAAAAAGAAAGAGAACCUUUCUCUUUGUUUUGCACAUCUUUCUUCACGCCGACUCUCCAACCUUCUGGAAACAGAAAUUUCCAAACAACACAGCGGAAUGAUCUCUGGGAUCACUACCGCCCUCUACCACCAGGAGGCCGGAUUACUGCGAGCCUCAACCAAAAUGAACGCAGCAACAGUGGCAUCAGUGGAGGGUCCCAAAGCCAGCCCCAAAGACUUUAAGAAAGAGACCAGGCAGUUUAAAAGCAAGGCUCCCAAAGCUGGACAGAAGGGAUUUGAGGAUAUCCCUGGGAUGGAGGGAAGUGGAGAUGCAGCAGUGAUCUGCCCCUGGGAGGCUUUUGGCGACAUGGAUCUACGUGACCUGGCCCAGUUUGGCAUUGUCUAGACAAGGACUUUUCUAAGAGAAAAUGAUAUGGUCACAACAAUACAUUAAUUGCACAGUCAAGUUAGCUUCAAAAAGAUCUUCUCUCAAGCUGCGGCGCCUUCAAUGGAGUUGUCCGGCCUUUCUUCACACUUCGAAAUCCUCUAGUCCAGACUACAAAAACAGUACACAUAACGGUAAUGGCUUGUAGUCCUCUUCAGCUGAUGGGGAAGAGCUGGUUGUUAAAUGGACACAAUUGUUCUGAGAUGGCGAGAGCAAAAAUAACUUUUCCUGUUGUUGACCACAAGUGAAAGUUUAAGCACUUCCUUGGUCUCUGCUAUAUAGUUUGAGGUUAAUGUGAGGUUAAUGUACUGCUGCUUGGGUUUCCCAACAUGGAUGAUGGAAGUGCAGUUGAAAGCUAACUUAUAAGAAAGUAAUAUCAUUGUGAAUUUCUCUUGGAGAUGAAUAAAGAGUCUAUUUGAAUGUCUUUGUUUUUUUGGGG